AUGGUGGACUCACCAAGCCAGCCUUCGACUGCCCUCAGGAGCCCAAAAUCCCUGACUGACUUCCUUGCUCCCCCAAUCUCGGUGACACCAAGCGGGUCUAUUUUGUCAGAGGAUCGUGUCAUCGUGCUCAAGCUGACGGAAGAUCUUGUUCGGCUACUUCAAUGGUACUACGAUCAGAAACGGGACGAUGAUAAUCCAUUUCGUGUGGAAGCUACCUUCUUCCCGUGGCUCCAUCAUCUUUACCUGGCUCAUCAGCGCCAGUUUUUCGCAAGCGACUCCAAUUGUCGAGUGUUACCGCCACUUACAUGCAACCUCAUCACCGUUGAAUGCUCCGUGAAUCCUGACCUUCAAGGGACUUGGAGACUCAUUAACUCUGUUCCUAUUGAAGAUCUAUUGACAGCCCCACCACAAUCAAGUUUGACUCAGGUUCUGAACCGCAACUUCGGCAGUCAACUCUCGCUUAUGGCCCAAGCACUGCUGCUAUUGUUGUACGGGCUGGAUAUAAGCUACUUGCAUCGGUGUGCUCAAUUUGCGAAGCCUCUUUGUUGUGGUACGAUUUUCAUUUGUGUAUUAAAUCUGUCGAGUUGGUUGGCUGUCCCCAAAUUCUUACGAGAGUCUUUAGUAGACUCUAAAUGGUCACAGACUGGCCUUUUAACUAAGUCGCCACCUAAUCCAGCACGUCCGCAUCGAUUCUGUCCACUCCUAGCUUAUGAGCAAGCGCUUUUAUUUGCAGUCCAUGGUACCGUUCGUUUAUUUGACCACUUAGUUGUUGGUACUGCCGAAGAAUUUAACACCAUCUGCAAGCUGAACUUCAAAUUGAUCAUUGAAUGUCAUGAUCUGGUGACAAAGCCCCCGCUGUACGAGACUCUCUUGAUGGUGGCUCAUGAUUGGCAUCGACAAAUGCGGAAUACCCACUAUUACUUGGAAUUUCCCCUGGGAAGUUAUUCCUAUGCACAAGCACCAUCCUUCGUUAACGCCAUACGGAUCAUGCACGAAUUAUUACAUAGUGGUGCCCCCAUUUAUCUUUUUUCAUUUGAUGGUUUCACAGGUGUGCUGCUUUUCAUGGUAGCAAUGGCGAAAGUAAUGUGGAGGACGCUGAUUGAAAAUGCGAUUACUGAACUUGUGACUCGUCGACGUGUUCGUCUUUACUUAUUCAAGACUGAUUAUGCAUUUUUGAAAGGCAUUGAGAAAUACUUGGAUCAAAUUUCGAAGAGUAAACUGUUUACGCUCAAGGAACGUCUACCAGAUAUUUCACGAAACUUUGAAGUAGCGCCGUCAACUUUACCACGGGAGCUUCCCCAAGUUCAAACCAUGAAUCAUCCAGUACGGGAAAGAGGACUUGCUAAAGGAGUGCAAUCUGCACAGCCUCCAACUCCAUCACAAACUUCUUUGGCUAAGCCUUCCGAAGCUUUUUCAAUGACAACUCCUAACGACUGGUUUCAAGCAGGAGCUGACAUCAAUUUCCCCGCUACGAUAUUAGAUAAUGAACUAUACCUUGGUUCAUGGCUCCAUGCGUCGUCGUAUACUGUCGUUGGAGCACUCAAUAUUGAACGUAUCAUAUCCUUGGGCGAUUGUCCUCGCUGGUGCCUGUCAUCGAUCGACUCUGGCCAGUAUACUGAGCUAUGGCGUUAUGAGGAUAUCAGGAUAUUGGAAGUUGAUUGCACCAGAUUACCGAAUUCGCCACCUCUGGUUAAAUCGGUGAUCUUCCUUUACAACUUCAAUGAUGAUGGACGCGACCUGCUUCUACCAUUCUUGUUCCGGUGUCCCAGCGCCGUUAAAGCCAAACUAGGCCUUGAUAAAGGUGGAUUUGGCUCGGAAGUACGUCCUCGUCCGCGACCGUGUCCCCGCACUUUGGUACACUGUCGGAUUGGAGUUCUGCGUCUGGCACUGUUGGUGAUAGCCCUGCUCAUGGUGAAGUUCAACUUGCUGUUGGCAGUGGCGUAUCUUUAUGUGAGAGUGCAGAGAUUCAAUAUUAUCAUUCAGCCCAAUCUUAAGUUGAUGUACUCUUUAUGGCUUUGGGACAAACAUCUCCAUGGCGGGGUUUUGGCCUGGGAAGCUUUGGCUGACCUGUCCUGGGAUAAUACUGGUCUCCUUGUUGACACGGUGUCCGACGUGCUGGCUCCUGUCAGGGUGUUAUUGACCAUUGACCUUACCCAGAAUGUUGCUCAAGAAGCAAUUGAUCAAAACUGCAAUUUCAUCAUGGCCUACCACCCUUUCAUCUUCAAGGGCUUGAAACUGAUUACCCAAAAUGACCCGCAGCAACGCAGUUUACUCAAGCUCAUUAGCCAUAACAUUGCCGUGUAUUGCCCACACACCGCUGUGGACUCCCAGGUGGGUGGAGUGAAUGACUUUCUUGUCGAAACCCUUGGGGGUGAGAUCAAGCUGAGACGGCCUAUUGAAGCUUCGUCAGCUACCGAAGCCACCGCCGAUUGCGGCAUGGGUCGCAUCGUUGAGUUCGCUAAGCCUCUCAAGCUUGGCGACAUCAUCAAUAAUGUGAAGAAGGGUCUCAAGCUUGAUCACGUUCAGGUUGGGUUUGCUCGCAAUCAAGAUCAGUAUCAAGAAAUCUCCUCCGUGGCUUUAUGCGCUGGCUCUGGAGGGAGUGUGCUUAGUAAAGUCAAAGCGGAUUUAUACUACACCGGCGAAUUGAGUCAUCAUGAAGCCUUGUAUCUUACCGAAAACGGAUCGGCGGUUCUUGUCUGCAACCAUAGCAACACCGAAAGAGCUUUCCUUGCUGAAUUCAAGAAGCAAUUGGAAAAAGAGCUUGGUAAAGAAGCCGAAAUUAUCGUGUCACAAACCGACCGUGAUCCUUUGAGAACGUUUUAG